UUCAGACCUGAGCGAGUUGAUUUUAUUGUCACAGUGCUUUCUGUGGAGGUGAAGUUACAAAAUGAGCAAGUAUUCAUCCCAGACUUCCAAGACCACCUCUCUGCUGAAAGAUAACAGCUGGAUCAAAAAAUUGGAUAAUGAGGAGGAAAAUGUCGACCAAGACCCAAACUUUGGCAAAUAUGUUCUAGGCCGGAACAGAUCCAACGAAACACUUGAUAGUUCAGCGGAUGAAGGAACAAAAACCACCAAAACUAUAAGCACAUCAACAUCUGUGCAUGCUCUCAGCAAGAGAUUCGGCGGAAGCCAGGAUGAGCUGAGGAGCAGCCCCCUCCCUUCCAGCAAGACUACAUCCACCUACACCAAAAGCACAUAUUCAACUCUGAAGUCAGAUUCUCCCAAAAGCACCACCACAUUGAAGACUAUUGUCACAGAGGAACCUAAGACAGGCACUGCAACCACUACGGUCACCAAGGACGGAAAAACCACCACUGAGACCAUCAUCACCACCACCCAGAGUGUUAGAUCCCCUGUGUUGAAAAGUCCCACUGAGACGUUCACUGAGCGGGUGAAGUCUUCAAGCAAAGGGGUGUACUCAACCUACUCACCAACCAAAACAACCAAAGUGACUGAGACAACUGUUACCAGCAAUAAAAAUGUGGAGAGCAUCCCCUCGUCUAUCAAGGAUGAUUUCUCACCCACAGACAGCAAAACAACUGUCUCCAAGACUGAGACUGUGCUAGUGAAAAGCAGCAAUGGCACUACAGCGGGGGACCACGUUUCCGACAAACUCAUCUCAUAUUCUAUCAAGGAUGCUUCAUCACCCAAGGACAGCAAAACAACAGUGUCCAGUACUGAGACUGUGACAGUGAAAAGCAGUGGUAGUGGAGAUGGUUUUAAAAAUACAACCACGACAAAGACUUCCUCCACGGCUGAGGAUGACCUGUAUGACACCCUCCUGCCAAAAUACAUGACAUCUAAUCUGUCUUCUCCUGUCAGCAGUUCCAGCAUCACAAAGAGAGAGAUAGUCACAGUGGAUAGCAGCCGAGGAGGAGGAAGCCCCACUCUGGCAUCGCCAUCCUCCACCCUCAGAACCAGCAGCAGCUACAGCUCAUACACUGAUGAUAUACCUACUACCCGCACCACCUCCUACACCAUCAGUAGCAGCAGAGACAACUACAGCAGCGACCGUAAGAGUUACUCUUACUCCAGACCAGACUCCAGUUAUGAUUACAACAGUGGCACCAGUCCCUCUGUCUACACCACAACAUCAUACAGGAGCAGCAGCAGGUCAGAUGACAGUAUGGCAGAUCCAAUCUACUCUAAAUCCUCCAUGACGAGUGUGUAUGCAUCUCCUGAGAGGACGGUACUUGAGAAAGACCUGUGCACCAUCUGCCGUAAGCCCUUCACUGGUGAUGCCAAGAUGGUCCUGGAUGACAUGCAGAUCAAAUGCCACGCCUCCUGCUUUAAAUGUGAGGUGUGUAACAGCACUCUGGGUCACAUGAAAGCUGGGGACAGCAUGUGGAUCUACAAACGCAUGGUGCACUGUGAGAACUGCUUUGAGGUCACCAGAGAAAAAUGGAGACGCUAAUUUUCCCCCCAAGCCUUCACAUGGACACGUAGCAGUUGUGGUUAAAGAUAAAAUGGAUUAGCCUACUGUAUAUCAUUAUAUUUUGGGUGACAAGGGUCGUCAUGUACUUAUGUUUUUGCUUGCUGACAGAGCUUUAUCUGGGUGUUUUGACAGCUGCAUUGUGAAUAUAAUGUUUUAAGUAACAUGCACACUAUUGCAGCUAGGUUUAACGGUUUUGUUGACAUCAUGAGAAUGCUGAUAUGCAGCCUCUAGGGGGAAUCUUGUGUGUAACAUGAUUGGAGAUAAUAGGUGCGUUCGAGAAGACGGCGGCUAACUUUCGCCGACAUAUUGGUCUAAUGUGAGCUGCACAUGACUGCAGGGGCGGGUUAUAAAAACGGCCAGUCAUUGAUCUCAACUCACAGCAAGCUGAUGCAGGUACAAUGUGUCCGACAUGACGGCGCCGUUUUUAUACCCCGCCCCUGCAGUCACCUGCAGCUCACAUUAGAUGGCAAAAGUCAGCAGCCGUCAUCUCGAACGCACCUAUUUCAAGAUAUGUGGCCGGGGGCUUUUUCUUUGUGCAAUAAAGGAAAUCAAUAUAGCCUAUCAUCAUCUAAAGAAAUGAGAAAACUGUGUCAAUUCUUUUGGUGUUUAGUUACCCUGUUUUUUGUUCAUAUCAUUGUUUACUCUUUAAUUAUUUGUAUGUAUGUAAUAGUGA